GAUAUUGACAUAGCAAAGAGGAAAUAAACUGAUGCGUACUGGGGUUUGUAGCGAUUGGCCUUCGUCUGCGAAUUUCCAUAUUUAUUCCGUUUUUAUCAUUUACAGAUCAAUCGACCGGCGUAACUGAUCAUAACAUGACUGUCACCGCUCUUCUUUUUGCUGUCGCGGGUGACAGAAACCUGAUGAUGCUAGCUUGACGCUACAGCUAGCUUCCUGCUAUAAUAGCCAGGCUAGUUUGCGCUCGGCAAGUUUGUUAGCAUUGGCUAGUUGAAGGUUACUAGGCUACAUAGCCAAACCACAGGCGUCAUCUCGAACGCCAUUUCUAUUUUAAGUGUGCUUAAAAACACUCCCGCUUUGGGUUGAGAUGCUCGUCGUUUCUCUUUUCUGAAGUCCGCCUGUGUCUGCUAACGUUAGCUAGCCGACGAAGGAUUGCCGGGCUUUUGGACGACCAUGGCGGAUGAAAACACUCACUUUUGUGGAAAUUGCAAGCAUGACAUUCCGGAAGCAAAUUUUACAACACAUGAGAUCCACUGUCGGAGAAACAUCGCCCUCUGUGAUGUAUGCCAGGAGCCGGUGCCACGUUCAGAGCUGCAGGAGCACAAGCAGCAGGAGCACAUCCAGAUUACUUGCAAAUGUGGACUCAAGAUAAACAAGAAUCAAAUUGAAGUUCACCAGAACUCUGACUGCUCUCAACGAUUGGUCCUGUGCCAGUACUGUGAGUUGGAGGUUGUCUUCAGUCAAUCCAAAGAGCAUGAGGAUUACUGUGGCGCUCGUACGGAGCCUUGUCCACAGUGCAAGUGCAACGUGAUGUUGAGGGAAAAAGCCCUGCAUCCGAUGUUAUGCGGGAGCCCCGCUUUGCUCCAAGAGAGGAACAACCGCAGCUCUGGUCGCAAUCCAGCAGACCUGCAGCCCCCAGGGUCCUGGUUUGAGGGCCACUCCAUCCGAAACCCCCUCAGAGCAGAAGAGCGAGGUCCAAAGGAUAACAACCUCAGUGCAGCUAAACAUCAGGUCUUUCCUCGCACAUUUGAAUCAAGAUUUUACAACUCUGCAAGGGGACCACAGGGCAGCGAAGACUGGAAGAAUAUCACCCCGAGGAAUAUGACAUCCAGCCAAUUGGCCGAACAGACCGACUUCUUGAGCCACAGCAGUAUGUGGCCACUUCAAGAUGAGGACUCAUCAGGCCUGGACUACAUGCUGGCCCUCAGCCUGCAGACAGACGGAGAGUCCAUGGCUGGCAGUGGAGAGGCCAGUCUGUGGAGUGACAUCUGGGACCACACUAAAACCUCCUCCACGUCCAACAACAACUAUUCAAACUUCCCCCCUCGCACAAGUGCGGUUCAGGAGCGUGAUCAAACAGACAUCAUGCUUCCCUGUGAGUUUUGUGAAGAGCUGUUUCCUGAAGAGGACCUCAUCUUGCAUCAGACUGGCUGCAGCCCCGCGUCCGCCUUUGCGUCUUACAGCAAGCAGCCGUCGUCUCCCCCUAAAGAGGACAGGAAUGCUUCUGGUCUGAUGCGAAGCCUCCCUAACACGCUGGCCUCCAACAUUCCCACCUUCCCGCGCUCUGUCUCGCCAGCUUCAUACAGUCCACCAGCAAGUCCACUAGAGGGCGACGUCGUGAUUCCAUGCGAAUUCUGCGGCGUUGCCCUGGAAGAGGCCGUCGUUUUUCACCAUCAGGAUAAAUGUGACAUGCGCCCUCAAACAGCCUUUCCACUUAACAAUAUAACAAAAGCAUCUAUCAAGAAAAGUUCUGCCAAGGACGCGUUUGGACGAGUUUCCCCAGAUUUUCAGAGGAGAAUAAAGCCCCAAGGUGACAUAUCGGACCAGGAUUUGGGAUUGGAUCGAGACCCUCCGGCAGUACAAACCCAAAGGGAAUGGCCAAGAGGCUACAUUGGACGGCCGAGUCAGCGAAAGACGUCCAACUGUGACGUUUCUGCACACAACCGAGCUCCGCAUGGCAGAGAGGCCGAGCCCUCAUCUUUUUUGGACUCUGACAAGUCAGGAUCGGACUAUCUAAAGGGACUACAUUUAACAGAGAACCAUGAGGGGAGAGGAAACAGAACAAAUGUGUUAACAAAGCUCCCUAAGAAGCAGAAUGAAGAACAAGAAGAAGAAUGAGCUGCUCGAUCUCUGCUUUUCCUUUUUGUCCAUCUUUGAAAUCAUAAAUAUAUAUAAGUGCCUGUGUCAGCAGCAACACCACGUUACAGUUAACAUUUGAAAUUAUUUGGUUUUUGCUAUAAAUAUUAUACUUUACAUUUUUGUCUGGGUUUAUAUUCAAAUGUUUUUUGUGUCAUCUGUUGUAACUAAAACAUUUGUAAUCACCGUCCUUAAUUUGAAUGUUUCUUUGUAUAACCUUAAUAGCACUUGGAUUAUGCAUCUUUCAACAACAGAACAUUUUUAUACUGUUGAAUAUUCAUAUUUAGUACUUUAGGUAACACAGAGCUUUCUGUUGUCAUAUGUUGCAAAAGAAAAUGAACACUAUGUUUUGUAUCAAUGAAAUGUACUCCUGUGCCACAAACGUAUGAAGAUCUGUAGCGAAUCAUUUCUAAGUGAAGAGUCUCAUUUUGAAAUAAAACAUUGCCGGUUUCAUAUCAGACAACAAUCCUAACCAGAGAGGAGCAUGUGAACAUGGACGUCUCCUGGUGUGGUGUUUGUUCAUGCACGUGCAUCGUUUUCCUCUCUGUGCACAGCAACCGUCUCUGUACUCUGUAACUCCUUGGAUGUGUGGUUAAUGUCAAUAAAUGUUCAUCAACAUUUUCAUUGGUGGCAUAGUUCCAA